AUGGGUAACAAAUUAUCAAGCAAACAUGAUCCAACAAUUCUUACACCAAAAGCUAUUGAAGUGCUGAAAGCACAUACAAAUUUUACUGAAGAACAAAUCCGUGAGUGGCAUGCUGGUUUCUUACGUGAAUGUCAGCAUGGAUUAUUACCAAAAGAUCAAUUUGUGUCCGCUUAUGAACACUUUUAUCCAGAUGGGAAUUAA